AGUCCAUCAAAUGCUAUUCAAACUGGAUGCAACUUACUUUGCUCAAUUUCUUCUCUUUUUAUGAUUUUUGGAAUAGGCAUCCAGCGGCAAAAUCGAGACCUCGAGAAAAAGAACCAAUAAACAACCAAGGACAUCUACGGGCCUUACCCAAUUUUCAACAUUUUCUCCAACUUUACCCCCCAGUCCAACAUUAGCAUGAUGUCGUAUCUCAAGCAACCACCUUACACAGUCAACGGACUGAGCUUAACGACCUCUGGAAUGGACCUUCUGCAUCCAUCCGUGGGCUACCCAGCGACGCCCCGCAAGCAGAGACGAGAAAGGACGACUUUCACACGCGCACAACUUGACGUUUUAGAGGCACUGUUCGGCAAAACUCGAUAUCCUGAUAUAUUCAUGCGCGAGGAGGUAGCACUGAAAAUCAAUCUGCCAGAGUCUCGUGUACAGGUUUGGUUUAAGAACCGAAGGGCAAAGUGCCGCCAGCAACAACAGCAGCAGCAGAACGGGGGGCAGAACAAAGUGCGACCAGCCAAAAAGAAGAGUUCUCCAGCCAGAGAAGCGAGCUCUGAGAGCGGGGCGAGUGGCCAGUUCACACCGCCCUCAAGUACUACUUCAGUCCCUUCCAUAUCAACCAGCACCGCACCGGUAUCUAUUUGGAGUCCAGCUUCCAUCUCUCCACUGGCUGACCCUCUUUCUACAUCCUCCUCCUGCAUGCAAAGAUCCUACCCAAUGACCUACACACAGGCCUCGGGAUACAGCCAAGGCUAUGCCGGAUCAACGUCAUACUUCGGCGGAAUGGACUGCGGUUCUUACCUUACACCCAUGCACCACCAGUUGUCUGGCCCAGGGACGACAGUCAGUCCUAUGAGCACCAACGACGUCACAAGCCAUCUGAACCAGUCCCCUGCAUCCCUCUCCACUCAGGGCUACGGAGCCUCGGGGCUAGGCUUCAACUCCACGGCGGACUGCUUGGAUUAUAAGGACCAAGCAGCAUCCUGGAAACUGAACUUCAAUGCCGAUUGCUUGGAUUAUAAAGACCAGACUUCAUCGUGGAAAUUCCAAGUCCUGUGAAAAGAACAAUGAUGAUAAAAAGAUAAUGAUGAUAAAUCAAACAUCUAGCCCUGCCAUCCUUCAAUAAGAUAUAUCCGUAAAAGACUGAUUAUUCGUGUCGCCGGUAAGGAACUU